AUAAAAACUUUCUCCAAAUAUCAUCACAAAAUCAAACAUAAAAUUAUCCUAGAAACCAAAAUAAUACAAAAAUAUGAUGCAAAGCAUAUCUUAUUCAAAGCAUUUUAUAGCUUUUCUUACCAUAAUUAGCCUUACUUCGCAAAUUAGCUCAAUUUUAGCAAUCCAUCGUCCAAUAUACACAGAUUUUCUUAAAAGAUCAUGCAAGUCAACACUUUAUCCUGAACUUUGCUACAACUCCCUUUCAACCUAUGCAAGUGACAUCCAAAAAAAUCCUCACAUGCUUGCAAAUGCCGCCCUCUUGGUGACCUUAGCCACCACCAGGACCACAACCGCGAUGAUAUCUAGGAUGUCGAAUGGCCCGGGAAUACGGCCAAGGGAGGCAGGAGCUAUGAAGGACUGUUUGGAAGAACUAAAUGAUGCAGUAAGUGAGCUUCAAAAAUCCAUCAAGGAGAUGAAUCAUAUUAAGGAUAGUAAGAGAGUAGGGCUUAUGAUGAAUGAUAUACAAACUUGGGUGAGUGCUGCAUUGACCGAUGCGGACACGUGUACGGCUGGAUUUGAUGGAAAGGUCAUGGAUGGAAAGUUGAAGAGUGUUGUGAGAGGGAAAAUUGUGACAAUUUGUCAUCUUACUAGUAAUUCCUUGGCUUUGAUUAAUAGUUAUGCUUCAUCCAUGCAUAGUUAAUGAGCUAGGUAAAUACUACUUUAUUUUUCUUGGAGUGGUAAUAUUUUAUGAUAAAUAGUGAGUGUAUUAGAAAAGUGAGUGUAUUAGAAAAUCUGGGUUGAUUUUGUUCACCAUGCUAAAUUGUAAUAUACUACCUUCGUUAAUGAUUAUCUGCAACUUUAGAAUUUUUUAUAUCUCACAAAUAAUACUACAAAGUUGUAGAUAACCAUUAACAGAGAUAGUAAUAUACUGUAUGAGUGAUUCAUGAAUUAGAUCUUUUGUUGAAGCAGAACAGUCGUGAUCGCGACAUUUAUCUUAA